GGGUACGCAUCUCCGCCUGCAUCGUAUGGGUAACGCUGGCCCAUUGAGAGGUGAAGAAGUCACGUAUGCGAUCCAUGGUUGCCAGGAGAUCGCGCCGCCACGGCGAGUCGCCGAGGUGCUUCUUCAGGACGCCGUGCAUCCCUUCGAGACGGCUGUUGUUGCGCUGUCCGAGAUGGCGAUGCCCAUCUACGUGGAAAUGGACGAAUUCCUCGGCGUCGGCGUCUAGCGCGGCUUCCCCGAUGCGCAGAGCAUCUCCGAGGAGUGUCGCGCCGUCCUCGUCGGCGUAUCGGCCCUGCGAGAACGUCUCCACCCAGAUAGCACGCUGCUCUGCCAGUUCCUCCUCGCUCCUCGAGCGCACGAUCAUGCGCCAGCCCUGUAGAACGCUGUCGAGGUGCUCUUCCCAUUCGGGCCGCGUAUGGAACACGCUCGACGUGUCGUUCAGCUUGUGGGAUCCGAAGAUACGCCGCAGAGGUGGCGCCGCUGCUACCUUGAUAUUCUGCUCGAUGUGCCACAGGCAGAGGACGUUCUUCGCGCUGGGCCACACCGUCUUGCAGGCUCGGCGUAGGCGGCUAUCGCGAUCGGUCAAGAACACCGCAGGCUGCGGCGCUUGCACGAGCUCCACGAAGUCCUGGAGGGCUCUGCGCAGGUGGGCGUAUCGUUCUCCUUUGAGGAGCGCUAUACCAGCGGUGAACGUGUUGUUGCAAGCAGUCACGCCUACGAUAUGCAGGAGCGGCAUAUCGUACUUGUUGGUGCCGUUCGUGCAAUCGACGAGGAGCACUGUAGGCCACCGUAGCAGCAGAGCUCGGGCUCUUCGGGUAGUGUAGACAAUCGAGGUAAGCCUGCAAGUCAGCUAGGAUGAGUGGUGGGCUCUCACACGCUCGUAUCUGGGUCUCUUGUACCGCGGUAUAGCUCGCCUGUAGCGUCCAGGUUGCGCAGGAGGGCCUCGGUCUCAGUACCACCGAGGCGGGCUCGGGUAUGCAGUCGGUAAGCGGCAUUGUAGAUAUCUUUGCGGGAUAGCCGUACAGUGU